UAUUUUAGCUAUGCCAGGUCGCAGGCUACCCUAGUUUGCGAUGAGCGCUCUCGUCGCGCGCGGCUGGAGGCGAGCAGCGAUCGUCGGCGGCGGCAACGCGCAACAAUUCCUGCCGAUCGGACUGAGGAGCUCAUCCAAUCCAUUCCGGGCCGCGCGGCAUUUGUCUACUGCGUCUUUCAUGCCCAAGAAGCCGCUGGAUGGCAUCGACAAGUUCCUCCUGGGAUCGAUUUGUUUGAUGGGAGCCACAGUCGCGAAGGAAUACUAUGACUUUUCCCAGGAGCAGCGAGCAUUGGCUACCAAACACGAACCAAGGGCACACGAGGAGGAGGCUCCAAGGGAUGUGAAGGCCGAGGUGGAGAAGGCCUACGAGGAUCACUUGAAGCAGAUCGAGGCAAAGUAUGAGCAAGAAUUAAAAGAAGCUCAAACAAAGGCAUCGGACAGUGAAGCUCGUGCCAAGCAACUGGAAAAGGAGCUUGAGAAUGAAACAGCCAAGCACGCGUCAGAAUUGAAGUCUCAAGCCGACAUGAUUGCGUCAAAGCUGCAAGAGGAGAUCAAAACUCUGAAAGAAGAGGCUAGUGCCAACGCGAAAUCCAAACAAAGUGAGGAAGCUGGCAAGGAUAAACUUCGUCUUGUGAAUGAAAUUACAGAGCUCAAACGCCAGGUAGAGGCUUUAGGCCUCAGCGGUAGCGACUUGGAAAAGAGCUAUAUACUGAGGAAGCUUGCUAUGGUAAUGGGUGUGUUUGCGUUUGAGAACGCCAUGCUCAAUGGAGAGCCUCUAGAGAAGGAGGUGGAAUUCUUGCGAGGAGGAGAUUCUUUGAUCGAUGCUGCCAUUUCCUCGUUACCGGAGGAGGCCCUCAAAGGAGGGUCGUCAACACCUUUACAGCUUCAAAACAGUUUUGUGGAGUCGAAGCCAAAGCUCCGUGAGCUGAUUCUCAUUCCUUCCACUGGAGGUGGAGCAGUGUCACAUUUGAUUGCUCGCGGUGCUUCGAAUCUCAAGGUGAAAGAAGACAACCCUGACGAUGGGGGCAUUGAAUCCGUGCUUGAUCAAGUGGAGACCUUGAUGAAAGACGGCAAACUAGUGGAGGCAGCGGUGGCUUUGGAGCAGAGUGUGGAGGGCACGGAAGCUCAAAGUUUGGUGAUGGAGUGGGCCAAGCAAGCGAGGCUUCGCGCUGCGAUCGAGCAAGUAAACGGCGUCUUACGUGCUCACGCUGCGUCCAUUUCCAUGAGCUUGGCGUGAUCGAUCGAUCCAAGCGUAACCGGAGAGUGUAAAGACUCGCUCGUAAUAACUGUCUCUCUUGAUCAUACAGAUAUGGCCACUGCGCAGCUCACAACAAAGCCAAAUCCAAAUACGAACAUGGGGAACCCAACUCCGCCACCUUUUACAUUCCUGUGGAAAUCACUGGGAACUUUUGUGUGAUUGCAUGGAAGCCCACAUAAGUGUAUGUUUCCCUCCUAAAUUUUUUAUCUAAGAGGCUGGAGUUGA